AAAAUUGCUGUUUUUAAUUCAGCAGCCAGCGUUCAUGUUACAGAUGCGGAGUGACAUACCCUGCUUUGUAGCGACAGUGCUAAGACUAGACUGCUGAAAGCAGAAAUUGGGUCACACUCCAUCCUUGCAAAUCAUCAGUCAAGUUGUUUAAGAUGUUCCAGGCAGUUAGAUCUGAGCAAACAACAUAAAGGCUAUGGCUUUACACGACUACUGCUGAGGCCUUAACUGGAAAAUAGUGGAGCCUUUUGCACAAAUAGCUGAGAGCAAGCUGAGCUGCAGGAUGAUGGUGUUUGAACAAGCAAGGUCCCACCGCAGCUCUCAGAGCUGAUGGCGCCGUGAGGCUGGCAAAGUGGAAAAAUCAACCUUUUGCAUCUGGGUAACUCUGACACAGUGAGGAAUGACACAGGUAUAAAAGCCCCAGCUCACCGGAGCUGUCCUGUGCUUGUGUGACCCGACUGAAAGGAUGAUGAAGGAACUGAAGCCAGAGGAAAACUGCUGACCCGAGUGAUUUUCCUGCUGUGAGCUGUCUCACUGGGGCCAGGCCGGCCGGUGGAACUGUUCAGCAGGAACAGGGUGGGGGAAGAGGUCUGAAUUCUUUCCUAGAAGCAUGUUGAUUUAGAUCAGAUAAAACUGAGUGCGAAAUUUCACUUUAAAAGCUACCCAAGGUAGCUUUGCCCUUUGUAGCCGCGAGUCUCUAUAGGAGAUCCAUUAAUGCUCUCACGAGUGAUGGCUGCACAGAGAACAGAGCAGCAACUGCAGCAGCACGAAACAGCAUGGCAGGAGAGGCCAUUCUCAUUCCUCAGCUGUGGCAUGUUCAGCCCCAGCAUGGUUGAAGGCACUAGUUAGACUGACACUCCCGGCUGCCCGGGGUGCGGCUCUGCAGCCGGGUUCCCCAGCAGCCUCUCGGCGCCGAGGCGGCGCCAUGGCCGCCGUGAGGGAGGCAGGCUGCGGGCAGACACCCUCCUGCACGCACACAAACACCAGCCCGGAGAGCCGUAAUCUACGCGCUCCAUGUGUGGGGCAGGCAGGGAGGGAAGGCAGCGCCUUAUCUCAGGGAGCGGGAAGCCAUGGCGGGCUGCCGCCGCCUCAGGGGCGCUAUGCCAGCGCCUCAGCUGGGCCGCAGCCGCAGCUCCCGCCUCACCUCAGCGGGGCUUUGUGUGGAGAACAAAAGGGGCCGUUGGAAAUCAAAGUGGGGAGCACACACUGCUUCCAGAGGGGCAUGUGAGGGGAAACGCAGGACUGCCGCGACUGUGAACCACUUCCCUGCCCGGCUGUUCGUUCUCCACCCGCUCCCAGAAUCAUCUUUAUUUCCCCCACCGACCCAGCCGCCAUUUCCCCGCCCCGCUGCUCCUUCUGCUCCUUCUCCCCCCCUUCCCCUCCGCAUUGGUCUCCUCCGGGCCUGGCCAAUGACAGCUCACGGUGCACGCGAACGACUCGCCCGUAGCCAAUGAGCGCCGCCCUUCCCACGUGUUGAGCUGAGUGACGUUUUCCGCGCGAGCUCCCCGUCUUUGUUGGCGGGUAAAAUUUCCCCCCCAACGCUCCCCGCGGGGGGAGCGUCCUCAGUCGCUCCGGUCACGUGGCACAGCCGCGCCCGAAGGGGGGGUGUCAGCGCGCAUGUAUACAUCAUAUAGUCCCUACUUGACUGUCCCGCUGCGGAGCCGUGCCGUCUUGUCGGCGGUUCCUGUGUUUAACUCGUAGCAGAACGGCAGGAGAGAAGCGCAGAAAUAGAGGCCACAGGCCUCUAGGCGCGCUGGUGACAGGCUGGUGACGCUUGGCGGAAGGAUACAUCACGGUCUCAGCCGGUUUGACGGCUCUCAUAUAUAAGAGCGGAGCGCCGCCUGUGCCACCUCAUUGUUUCCUGUGUCUGAGUGGCGAGGUCGUGUCAGUGCCCGUGUCAGUGUGCGCAGCACCUCCCGCGCGGCGCGGAUACGAGCAGCCCCCCUCCCCUGGCCGCCAUGGCUCUUUAAGGCGGCAGGGCCAGCGGCGGCAUCGGCCAGUGCAGCAGGCGCAGCAGCAGCGGCGGCGGCCUCAGCACACCCCCGGCAUCUGCAACCAUGGCGUUUUUCACGGCAGCGCACAGCAGCAUUGCUGUAGUCGACGACAAAACCUUCUACUUGUCUACAUCCUUCGGCGUCAAAGCGUUAAAAGCUGACGAAAAUGAGCUUCUUGAACAACGAGAUGCUGUUGGGGGAUUCAAUAUCCCCCUUCAGCCAGCCGUGUUCGGUGGCUGAGGAAAGUCUGGGACUCCUAGAUGACUACCUGGAGGUGGCCGAGCCCCUCGGUUCGCAUGGGUUCUCCAGCGACAAGGCUAAGGCAGUCUCCUCCAAUUGGCUUGCUGUGGACAGUAUAGGCAACACCAUAGAUAGCAGUCAGGAGGAUGCCUUCUCUGGCAUGGAGUGGAUGGUGGAGAAGAUGGAUCUGAAGGAAUUUGAUUUUGAUGCCCUGUUAGGUAUGGAACAUCUGGAAGCCACCGUCUCACCAGACGAGCUGAUGGCCACGUUGGAAGACACGUGUGAUCUAUUUAAUGCUACCAUCCAGGAAUUUCACAACAAAGAACUUCCACUGAUAAAUAAUGUCAUCACCCAUGUCCCCGAAUCCCCAGUUGGAGCCGAUCCAGCGGCCCCACUGACUUCCCUUUGGUCUUUUCCCCUCUGCCCAGGGUCUCUGAGUUCCACUCCAGAUCACUCAUUUAGCUUAGAACUAGGUAGUGAAGUGGAUGUUCUGGAAGGAGAAAGAAAGCGGGAGUUCCCCACUGUUGUGGUGGUGAUCACAAAGUCUGAGAAAGAGGAGGAGAACCACUCUGAUGACAGUGGAAUAUGCAUGAGCCCAGACUCCUACCUGGGAACCCCCCAACACAGCCCCACCAAUUCAGUCGGAUCCCCCAAUGGCAACCAGUUCCCUGCAGAUGCCCCCUGUGGCUCUGUGCGGUCCAAACCAUACGAUCAUCCUGCAGAGAAGGUAGUGUCAGCAAAGGUGAAAGGAGAGAAGAAGAUAGAUAAGAAACUAAAAAAGAUGGAGCAGAAUAAGACAGCUGCCACGCGUUACCGGCAGAAGAAGAGGGCGGAACAGGAGGCACUGUCUGGGGAGUGCAGAGAGUUGGAGCAGAAGAACCAGGCCCUGAAGGAGAAAGCAGAUUCCCUUAGUAAGGAAAUCCAGUACUUAAAAGAUCUGAUAGAAGAGGUCCGCAAGGCCAAGGGCAAAAGAACUAGAGUCCCCGAGUAGGCUGGUCAGCAGUGUUGUGUGCAUGUAUAUAAGCUUCCUGCUAAAGCUGUGUAUUGCUGUCUAAUAAAUAAUUUUGUAGUAAAUGUGCAA